AUGUGGCUGAUCUCAUGCGCUUUGGCGUCCUUAGCACUAGCCGUAGAUGUCGAGGGUCCAACACUUGACUUCAACUCUCGGGAUUUGACCUUGAGUAAGGACUCAUUCUGGGAGGACUUUCAAACUUACAACGAUAAGAGGCCAUUAGAGGAGAGUUGGAUAGUUUCAGAAUCCCUUGGUCAGGAUCCAUCUACCGGUGAGUCUACAAGAAGGUAUAAGGGAGAAUGGGAUGUACAAGAACCAUACAAUUUGAAAGCUUUAAAGGGCGAUAGGGCAUUGACCUUAAAAAAUUCUGGCGUUGCAGCAAUGAUUGGAAGAGUACUGCCACAACCUAUUGAAUGUACUGCUGAUUCAGAUCUGGUGGUACAAUAUGAAGUUCAAUUGCAGAACGACUUGAAAUGUGGAGGUGCCUUCGUGAAGUUGUUACCUGAAGUCUCUCCAAGUGAGCUACGUGAGUAUGCAGGUACUUCUCCAAUUCUAGAGUUGUUAUUUGGACCAGAUAUGUGUCCACCAUACACUGAUGAAAUUCAUCUCGGAAUCAAGAAGACCAACCCUUAUUCAAUGGCUCCCGAGCUAAAGUUGUUAAAAGAAGCACCAUUAUCGAGCUUGAGUGAUACAGCCAUCGCUCACUUGUACACUUUAAUACUCAAGGGAUCCACUGGUGAAUACGAAAUCAGAGUUGAUGGAUCUGUUACGAAAGCGGGACGCCUUCUUGAUGAAGGCGCUUUCUCACCUGGAUUUAACCCACCAAAAUAUAUACCAGACCCAAACGAGGAGAAACCAACUGAAUGGGAUGACCUUAAACUCGUGCCUGAUCCUAAUGUGAAGAAGCCAGACGAUUGGAACGAGUCGGAACCUCUGUUAAUUCCAGAUGACAUUGAAGAGAAACCGGCGGACUGGGAUGAGUCAAUGCCUGUGAUAGUACCGGACUCGAGCCGUGAAAGACCAGAAUGGUGGGAUGACGAGCACGAUGGAGAAUGGAUUGCACCGAUGAUUGAAAACCCUGCUUGCGGAGAGAUCUCGGGAUGUGGCGAGUGGGAACCCAGUUUGAUUGAUAAUCCAAACUACAAAGGUCCAUGGGAACCACCAUUGAUUGAAAACCCCAACUACCAGGGCGUUUGGCAAGCUAAGAAUAUCAGAAACCCAAACUAUUUUGAAGAUUCAGCUCCAGCGAAACUAGAAAAUAAAAUAGGCGCCAUUGUCUUUGAAUUUUGGAGUGGUACCAGUAAUUUACUAAUUGACAACAUUUACAUCGGUAAACACAUCGACGAGGCAGAGUUCCUGGGGAACAGCACUUUCGCCGCUAAGAGAGCACUACAAGAUAAGCAAAACGAGCACAGACUCGGCGCUAAGAAACCACAAUCACCUCCACCUACACUUGAUGGAUCGCCAAACUUUUACGACCAGGUUAUUGAUUUUAUUUUAACACACGUCAGUCCCUCCACUGCUAUUCUCACCAUCAUCACCACAAUCAUCGGACUACUAACCUUGGGGAAGCGUAAACCGCAACCACCUAAAAAAACCGAGACAAGAAAAUCCGAAUAA